AUGCUGCCGAACGUUCGGGAGGUGAACAUGGAGGUAUGCGAACCAGCGAACGGGCUGAAACUGCCGAACGUUCAGGAGAUGAACGUGGAGGUAGGCGAACUGGCUAAUGGGAGACAACUGCCGAACGUUCGGGAACCGAACGUGGAGGUACUGUCACUGCCGACCGUUCGUUUCCCGAACGGGGAGGUGAAAAAACACCCGGGAGUUGAAUGGGGAGGUAGCCAUACUGCUGGCCGUUCGGUUGCCGAACGGGGAGGCAGGAAAACUGCCGAACGUUCGGUUUUUGUGUCUUCUUUUGCAGGGAAUGAAGGAGAAGCGGCUGCAAGUGAUAGGAGUCCUGGAAAGAGGCCUGGACAAGCACGGGCCAGCGGAAGAAGGACGAGCGGUACAGCAGGCUUGGCAGCAGGUCACGGGAACGCUGGAAACGCUGUUGGAGGAACAGGGACAGCAGGGCUAA